AUGUCCGCUCUGGACAUCCCACUCUCCGAGUCCCUGGAGACAGCCAUUCGUCAUGGGGUAGCGGUUCAGGCCAUGACGCUCGCAGGGUUCACUAUUCUUCUCUACGACCAUAUCCUCACCUUAAGCCAAGAGGUGGACACAAUAUGGCGGUCGCCAUCGUUAGGUCUUGUCUCGAUCAUCUUCCUAUUGAAUCGUUACAUUGUCCCUUUGAUGCUGAUCGUUGACAUAUAUGAGUUCUUCGGAGUAGCAGAUGAUUCGGAAAUGUUCUGUAAGGUGUGGACCUGCCUACAGAGUUUCUUAACGGUCGCCUCGUUUAUGUCCAUCCACGUGAUUGUGGCGCUACGAAUUUAUGCGUUGUAUAACGGUAGACGAUGGAUAGGGCGACUGCUCUGGACCUCUGGGACUAUAUACCUAUUGUCUUCGGCCUCUAUCAUUACUAUAGCCCAAGUUCAACUCAUACCCGAUCUUAAGCCAAUACAUCAUGCAUGUGUCGGGGCUAUUCCUUCUUACCUCUGGGCUGCUUGGCUACCAAGCGUGAUCUUUGAGUCACUUUUUUUCGGACUUACUUUGUAUGCUAUGUUUGAUAGCGAUCGACGACAUUCCUUGAAUACCCUCUCUCUCAUUUUGUAUCGUGACGGCAUGUUGUACUUUAUCGUUGUUGCGUUUUGUUCUUUGUUUUCUCUUCUUGUCUGGGCGAUUGCAGACCCUACACUACUCGGUCUAGCUCGAUAUUUCGCUUUAGCUGUUGUCAACCUUGCGGGUUCCCGGAUGGUUUUGAACCUCAAAUCCUACGCCGCCUCCAAAGACCCAUCAACCGUCAACUGGGGUAGCUUAGGACCUUCGUUGCAUACCUCCGUACCUGCACAUUCCUCAGCUCGGCAGGAGGUGGAGGGCGAUGGCCACAGUAGUGGCUCCACUGAUCCACCAUUCGACUUGGAGUUGUAUUCGAUCGAACGUGAGUCUCAGCAACUGGGCACACGGCUGAUGCAUCGGUAG